AUGCUUGGCUGGAUCCAGGAUUUUAAUCAAGGUGGUGUCCAAAUUAUGUUCUAUUUUCUUCUUUCCUUUCUCCUACUAUUUCUAUCUUCUCCUUACACCCUCUACCUCUCUCCUUUCCUAUUUCUCUUUAUCUCUAUCCUUUCCUCCCUCCCACUACCUCUAUCCUUUCCUUCCUUUCACUAUUUCUAUCCCUUUUUCCUCUCUAUCUCUAUUUUUCCUUCCUCUCACUAUUUAUAUCAAUUCCUUUCUCUCACUAUAUCUACCCUUUCUCCCCCCCUUACUGUCGCUAUCCUGUUCUUCCUCUCAUUAUUUCUAUCCUUUCUUUUCUCACACUAUUUGUCCUUUCUUUCCUCUAUCCUUACCUUCUGCCUCCUAUCACUCUCUCCUUCCUCUCAGUAUAUUAAUCCUGUUUUUCCUUCCUCCACUAUCUCUAUCCUGUUCUUUCUCCUACUGUCCUUUCUUUUCUCCUAUUAUCUGUCCUUUCCUUCCUCUAUCAUUACCUUCUGUCUCCUAUGUCUACCUUUUCCUUUCUCUCAGUAUAACUAUUCUGUUUUUCCUUCCCCAUACUAUCUCUAUCCUGUUCUUCCUCUCACUAUUUCUGUCCAAUUCCUUUCUCUCACUAUUUCUAUAUUUUCCUUUCUCACACUAUUUCUAUCCUUUCCUCCCUCGCACUAUUUCUAUCCUUUCCUUUCUCUAUUUCUAUCCUUUCCUUUCUCUCACUAUUUCUAUCCUUUCCUUUCUCUAUUUCUAUCCUUUCCUUUCUCUCACUAUUUCUAUCCUUUCCUUUCUCUCACUAUUUCUAUCCUUUCCUUUCUCUCACUAUUUCUAUCCUUUCCUUUCUCUCACUAUUUCUAUCCUUUCCUUUCUCUCACUAUUUCUAUCCUUUCCUUUCUCUAUUUCUAUCCUUUCCUUUCUCUCACUAUUUCUAUCCUUUCCUUUCUCUCACUAUUUCUAUCCUUUCCUUUCUCACACUAUUUCUGUCAUUUCCUUUCUCUCACUGUCUCUAUCCUGUUUUUCUUUCAAUUUUUGAUUAUUUUUAACUUCAUUUUUUAUCUAUUCUUCCCCCUCUCUCUGACACUUUAA